UUACCAUAUUGAGCUUUGUUUUAUGACAGGACCUGGCUAAUAGCAUGGCCUCCAAGAUCUUACACCGGAUCCGGCGUACAAUUGUGAAAGAGGGAAAUGAAGAAGGGACGCAGCAGGAAAAGACUGAAGAAUUUCCUGAAAUCUCAGAAUUGGUUGAUGACAUGGAAGGCCUGUCUACUCACUUGAGUGGAAAAUUGAGUUUUGGGAGUGAUCCACUUUAUUCAAAUAUUGAAGAAAUGUGUCCUGAAGAGGAAGACAUGGUAUUCGUUGAACAUGAAGAUGAUUAUGAUGACGAAAGUCUGAAUGAGCCCCGUAAUGAAGCAUGCAGCUUCCAAGGGGGGAUAUCUUCAUGCAAUCUUCUGACUCGACAGUUACAGGAGUCCUGGAAGAAAAGCAGAAUUAGAAUAGUACAAGAGAAGCUCUGUUUUGAAGCAACUCAAGCCAGUGUGGUACAAGAGGGUUCUUCAAGAUAUGUGCUGUACACUGUCCACCUGAUAAAGUCUGGGCGGUUUGAUAGAAACCCAGGCAGCAUCACACGACGGUAUUCAGACUUUGAAAAACUGAACAGACUGCUGAGGAAGCUCUUCAAAUCACAUAUGGCAGACAUCACUUUCCCAAGAAAAAAGCUGCACAAGAACUUUGCUUCUGACACUAUUGCUGGACGCAGCAGGGCAUUUGAACAGUAUCUGUCACAUCUGUACUCUGUCCCUGAAAUCCGCUGUUCACCUGUAUUCCUGCAAUUUUUUUACUUACCAGAUCUGACGACAGGACAGGAGUUGCUGAGGUCGGGCCAUUAUAAGGAGGCCAUGGGUAAUUGGUCUAAUGCCUUCCAUCUACAGGACAAGCUGGGUGGCCGUGACUUAGACCAUCAGAUUGUGACGCUUGCUGCUUUGACUGUGUGUAGUCAAGAACUAGACAGACUUAAAGAGGCCCAAGAGUACUGUGAACGGGCUUUACAGCUACUGGAAAAACAUGACCAGCAUCCCUUUUUGGGGCCCUUGUUGCAGUCAAAUAUUAGACUUUGUUGGAAGAUAACUAAGGACAAGCGCCAGUCUGAGGCCUGGCUGCAGCAACUACAGGAUAAUGGUUUGGAGAUCUCCAACUUGCCUAGCUUGAAGGAGCUGCUAAUAAAGGAACAGUUUGUAUGAGCAUUGCGUCUAACAGAAGCACGAUUGAUAUCAAAUUAUUUAUUGUAUGAAGUGGGAUUCGGGGCUGGUGACAAUUUGUUUAAUUGCACAUACACACUUCUCAACAUACGCUCCAUUUAAAAGUAAUGUAACUGAUGCAGAAUCCCAUUUAUAGUUCUUUUUACUGUAGUCUAUCACUUUUGGUUUGAAAACAGCAGGGGUUUGAUUCCCUGUGGGUCAUUUGACGUCCUCUUUUUGGGAAAGGACUGCGGAGCAUGUUCAGCAGAAGGCUUGAAAAAAUUGUAAUGUGCCACAGCCUGGGGUUAGGGGUAUUCCAAAGUUGUUAAUUUGCCAUCUCUCUCUGUAUUACUGCAGUUUACAAAUACUGUUUAAAUGAGGAAGUCAGACAUGUUUGUUUUGUUUGUGAGCUAAGAGCCAUUUCUGAGCUGCUUAAUGUACUUUCCUAGUGUGUAAGAAAAAAAAAAAAGUAUUAUUGUGCAGUAUAUCUUGCUGUCCUAAUUUAAGAUGCUUAAUAGUACCGUUCACAUAUUCAUAGAUGAAAUGUUUUUCUUUGGUUUCUGGCUGAAUCACAUUCUACUCAUGGUAAGUCACCAACAUUACCCUGAGCAUGAGUACAUUUCAAACUGCAACUGUGCUGCUUAAGCAGUUCCUUAAAAAAUAGUAAUUAACACCAGUAAGCCCAUGUGUAGAUCUAAUCUGCCAUGUCUCUUUAUUGAGUUUUGGUGCUUUUGGGCAUUCUGCAUUACAUAAAUUAGAACUUAUCUGUGGCAGAAUGAGAUGAUAACGCUCACAGCUUAUUUGAACGGCAUUCUUCAAAAAAUUCACAUUUGGAAUCAUGGCAGUUAUCCUAUUUUCACCCACUUUUAAAUACAGUAAUGUGCAUUUCAGAAGGACUUCUGUAAGGGAUAUAGUUGGGCUUUUAUUAAAAAAUGGAGCAGAAAAGUGUUUCCUGUAAGGGAGCUAGUAUUAGUUUUAAUUUAAAAAUUGAAGAUUUUUUUUUAUAUCGGAGAUUUAUCAUUUUAACUAAAAGUUGCUGUGUCUGCAGUGUUUAUAUAUGCCUAAAACCAACAGCAUCCUUGGUUUCUAAUGAACUAGCAGAUGCCACUGACGGCUAAUGGUUUUGAAUCACAAAUUCAUAAAGUAGGCAACAAACCCAUUGAAAGUAUGUUGGUCAAAGUACAUCAUCCUGUUUUAACCUUGUGCCUUGUAUGAUAAAUAAGUUCUUAUAAAUCUGGCAGAUUACUUUAUUAUUUCUGGCAGGCUGAAGGUCUGCCCUUGACUGUACUAGUCAUGUAGGUCAGCACACAAGUGAAAUAGUGGACUGUAAUCAGAACCUGGUUACUCACCUAACCAGCAAUAUCCCUGAGUAACUUUACCAAAGAGUGACUGUACCAAAGAUUAAAGGCGAUAUUUUACUUCACUGGCUCACCCGGAGUUUCGCGCAGGAGUGGGCGUGGUGCGGAUGAUUGAUGAGCAGACCUGCAUAUGAAAUGAGGCAUGACUGACAUGCCAUUCAUAUUAGCCAGCGACAGCAUGCAUACAAUGCAUGUGUUAACCUAUGCUAUGACUACGGAAAAGCAAUAUAAUGUUAAACCCAAAACCCUUUACAAUGCCACUGUUUUACAAACACAACCCAUUAAUCUAACUCCAGAUACAGAGUAAAAGCCAUAAUCACCUCACAAUGCCACCUUUCUAUAAAUACAAAGAAAACACGUUUUACCACCUCACAAUCCCCAGGCAUUAAAAAACAUGCAUUUAAAAAACAUGUAAAGUGGCAUGAUCACCUCGCAAUUGCAGUUGUUUAGAAACAUAAUAACAUGUUUAAGUCAAGUCCAAAUCAUUCAAAAGACGUUUAAGUUGCAGAAUUUUCAGUUC